UACAUCUUUACAGGACUACAAGUUGAAUAUGUAAGCUUAAUUAACUCAGAUCAAGCAACAUGUCUGAUGAAGAUAUUAUCACUACUUUAGCCUAUACCAAGAGCCCAAAGUUCUCCAAAAGAAUCACUUUUCAGGAAGAGCUACAAGAAGCACUUCUUGCUCGUGCAGUAAAUCAGCAGGCUGAAGAAUAUUCAGAAGACUUUGAAAGUGAUGAAUACUCAGAAGAGGAAUUUCCUGAAUCUGAGGAAAACAUCUGUCCUAAAUCAGCAGUCUUUACAGUAUCACCAUCUAAGUUUAAUCUUUGUAACAGGGACACUUUAAAAAGUGAAAGUGCCGAUGACUUGUCUUCAUCAGAGGAAUAUGAGGGACCUCAAUAUAUGUCCAUUCUGGAGAGAAAAGUUUUGAGCAAAGAGAGGCCAACUAUUCCUUUUUCACUAAGUGAACAUCCUGAAUCAUGUAAAAGGAGUACAGCAAAACAAUCCAUUCCAUUUGGAAUAUCUUCGUCAAAUCACUGUUCUUUUGGAAAACAAACUGGUAACUUGACUUUAGCAAACUAUAAAGAAAUGCCUCAAGAAGCAACCACAUCAGAAAAUAAACAACUGAUCAAAGACACCAAAGGUGACACAGUUAUUGAAGAAAGAUCUGAUUGUGAAGAAGACUACAGUCAUAUGGAGGAAACAAUUAGGUGUGAAUUGUCAUUAGAGAAAAAGGAUAUGAUCCAGUGUAAAAUGGAAAGCAAGCCAGUGCCAAAGCCAAGGGAGUUCAAGACUAAGGCUACAUCAGCAUCAGGAAAAGAAAGAGAUGGAUGA